AUGGUAUUUCUUCCUGAAUACCUGUUGCUCGAGCUCGCCAAGUCACAUACUAACACCUGUUCCAGUCUGCACAAAACUCGGCUGGUAUCCAAACGCUGCUCGACGCUGAGCGCGAGGCCCAGAAGAUCGUCCAGCAAGGUGGGCUCUGUCAUCGAAUCUAUGUUCUGCAUCCAUACUAAUCGUUUCACAGCUAGAGAGUACCGCACCAAGCGUGUAAAGGACGCUCGCUCCGAGGCUCAAAAGGAAAUCGACGAGUACCGCAACAAGAAGGAGGAAGAAUUCAAGCAGUUCUCAACACAGCACACCAGCGGCAACGAGCAGGCCGAGAAGGACGCCAGCAAAGACACAGACGAGAAGCUGAAGGAGAUCAAGAGCAUUGGCGACAAGGAGGGCAGCACCGUUGUCGAGAACCUGCUACGCGCCGUCACCGAUGUCAAGCCCCAGGUUCCCGACAGAGUCGAGCAGCCCGUCGCAUGA